AUGUCCGUCCUUCACGCCCGCCACCUCUCUUUCCUCCCACCCUUCCCGUCGCUAACCUUCCCCAUCUCCAACUCCCUCUAUCACCUACGCGCCGCCCUUCCCUUCCGUCACUGGCGCCCCUCGCACGCCCCGCAAUUUUCCUCUCGUCCUUUCUCCUCUCGCUCGCGCCCCCCCUUGCGCGGCUCCGGCUCGAGCGCCAACGGCACUAGCGGCGGUGGCUCUCUCCCCGCUGACAACGGCCCGGAGGGACUAUUCGCCUCCUCGCCCGAGCUCGAGCAGCUCGCCAUUAAGUCCGUCUCCGCCCCUGUCCUCUCCCGCAUCGUCUCGUACAACCUCCUCUCCUCCUCCCUGGCAGAUCCCACCCACUUUCCGGCCUGCGACCCCUCCAAUUUGCGCGCCGCAACACGGCUAGGACGCAUCCUCGCAAAGUUAGAAGGUCCAGUCGCCUCGCGGAGUAUUAUUUGCUUGCAGGAGGUCUCGCUCGCCUGGAGCGGCCAUCUGCAUACCUUUUUCGCGAAUCGCGGCUUCCAUCUACUCCUCGCCUCGCAUGGCAGCUACUUCAACGGCUACAUGGGCGAGGGCCUCGCCUUCCCGCUUGACUUGUAUGAAGCUGUCGACCUGCGCAUUGAGCGACUCACUGAUCGCAUGGGCUGGCCGAGCAAGCGCCGCCCCGAGGGCGUCGCCAAGGCCAUCGCCAACGUGUGCGGCCGUCUGCAGCGCGCCGCAAACGCCCUUUUCGGACCUAAGAGGCCCAACCGCAUUGCGAAGAGGGACCCGUGGGACCAUGCGCGCGGGAGGUAUAACCGCUUCAUUUUUGCCAGGCUGCGCUCCAGGACCAACGGCGCAAAGCUAUGCGUCGCCACGUACCACAUGCCUUGCAUUUUCUGGUCUCCGCCUGUGAUGCUUAUCCACGCGGCGCUUGCGGUGCGGACGUUUCAGAGGCUGUGCGGCGAAGAUUUAGGCGUGCUUGCCGGCGACUUUAAUAUCAAGCCCGAUGAUGCAUCCUACAGCAUGAUUUUGUCUGGCGACGUUGAUCCAAAGCAUAGCAGUUUUCCCGUAUCUACACCGGACGGCUCACCCCCGGAAAAGUGGUUUCCCGCCCCGCUUACGCCCAUGAAGAGCGCGUACAAGGAGAUUCUAGGCGAGGAGCCCGAUUUUACCAACUAUGCUAAGGUCGAAAACCAGGCUACUUUUAUCGAGACUCUGGAUUACCUUUUUUGUACAAGGGAUGUUGACAUCGUCGAUGUCAUACGGUUGCCGAAGCGAGACAGCUUCGAAGGGCCGUUGCCGGAUGCCGAUGAGCCCUCCGAUCAUAUCAUGAUAGGCGCGACGCUGAGGUUGCCGGCGCCCACUAGACGGCCACAGAGGGUCGUGUCGGCUCGCUCGUUGCAGAACUAACUCUCACGAGGAGGCGACUCGCUCGUUAUAAGUAAACACAAUAAUUUUU